AUGCUUCCCUCUAAGCAGCAACAACUGACCCGCGGCGCUGGAUCCGGAUGCGGCGAUGCUUACCCGGCACAACUCGGAUGCCGCGACAUCAUUGGUUCCAAUGGCUCAACCGACAACAGAAACCACGUUUUGGCAUACAUGGAGCCUUACAGCAGAACUCAUGAUACACGCGCACUAAUACCUAACUCCCUAAACUACUUUGGAUCUACGACGGGCUAUCCAAUUAACUCGGGACCUGGACCACACACAUCACUUCUCUCAUUACUCAUGCCCCUCAAAAGCUACAAUAUCUUGCGAGUUUUGCUUCGGGAAGUUGUGUUUUCUAGUGGAGAGCUACGAGUACAUGUUGUAGCACACUCGGAACUCGAGCGCAACAACAAGUUUAUUACGGAUGCACGUCCAUGUAACGGGCAACAGGGAACGGGCGGUGAUACUGCGCCCAUCGCAGAGUUGGAUCCACUCUCUUGGCUUGUUGUGGAUAUUUUAUGCUCUGUCGGCAAUGGGUUGGGAGAAGCGAUGUCUUGUAGACUGAAGUCCGAGAGCCCCCGGGCUUACAGCAUGGUUCGGAGUAGUGGGACCGUAAGAGCAGAGAGGCUGAACAAGUUGCUAGCGGAGCGUAAAGUGCGCUUCUUUGAAGCGGCGCUCCGAGAACCAUGGGCGAGAUUGAGGCCUUGGAGUGUGAUAAAGGCAGGAAAUGCGAGUCACCGACCUUACAUCAACGACCUGGCUUCAAGCAGUUACCGAAAGACUUCCCUUUGGAGAUUUCUUAAGCUAGGAGGGUCAACGGCGUACGCUGUUGACGUGAAUACAAAUAAAGGAAAACAAAGCAUUCAUCUUCGUUACCCAAAUCUGGUGCGCAAAAUCUCCCCUGAGAUCACUACAACUAAGGGGGAUAUUUUUCUCAUCACUUCUAAUGUCCUUCGACCCUCUAUUGAAAUAGCAUCCGUCCGCAUAAUAUUUAUCUUUCGAUUGAAACUCUACGUCCUCCCUCCUGGCCUCUUUCUUUCAAUAUACACGGCCACACUUGAAAACACCAUCAUAGCCACAUACAAAAAGCGUAAUUACGUCUUACUCUCCCAUCCCCGCCUAGCACAAAUCCUCGACGACCUGAAGACAGGGGACGGACCUGAAGUGAUCUAA